AAAAAACAGACCCUCCCCCCAAUUUCCUGCGUCUCCCUCCUCUUCCCCUCUCACAUAUCUCUAACAAAAAAACCCUAGCCGUCAAGAGCUCCACCACCGACCUCCAUCAUCGUCAACCUCAAUCACCAUGCAGACCUCCAUCAUCGUUGUCGCGACCGCCUUCCUCCUCACGCCGACGUUGUCCCCGCCUUACCCGCUGCCCUCGUCGCCCCAGCCGCACUUGUCGCCGUCUUUACACCACUGUCGCCGCCUCUGCCUCCCCUGCCGCCGCGCCGCUGUCCUCCCCCCGCGCCCCGCCGCGCCGCUGUCCUCCCCGCGCCGCUGUCCUCCCCUGCCCCGCCGCCGCGAGGUCAAGACUCUUCCCUGCCUCCCUCUUUCCUCAUCCCUAUUUUCUUUACAGAUCUGAUAGUCUCUACUGGUACCAAUACCACUGGUAGCACUAUUAGUGCCAAUACCACUGGUAGCACUAUUGGUACCAAUACCACUGGUAGCGCUAUUGGUACGCUACCACUACUCACUGGUACCAAUACCAGUGACUCCCCUAUCAUCUGGUACCACUAUCAUCUGUUUUUUUUUUUUUGUGUUAUUCUCUACUGGUACCGCUACCAAUGCUAGUGGUAGCGCUACCAGUGCUAGUAGCGUUGUGUUAUUCUCUACUGGUAGCGUACCACUAGUACUGGUACAUUUUUUACUGGUACCGCUAGUACUGGUACAUUUUUUAACGUACUGGUAGCGUACCACUAGCACUGGUAUAUUAAUUACCAGUAGACUAAUAGAUUGGUACACUUUUU